AUGAAAUCAUGAUGAACGAUUCUCGGAUGGUAGUCCUCCUUAUUGGCAUCCUUCUUGCUGCAAAUUUGUCGAUCCAAAUAUCAGUUGCUUCCAUAGUUUCCACUGGAGAUUUCAAUAAGGAUUUCUUCAUCACAUGGGCUCCUUCCCAUGUAAACACCUCCGUUGAUAGCCAAGCAAGAAGCCUCAAGCUAGACCAAGAGUCAGGUUCUGGUUUUGCUUCAGACAUGAUGUUCUUGUUUGGGAAGAUAGACAUGCAAAUUAAACUGAUUCCGGGUUAUUCAGCGGGCACGGUGGUGGCCUACUACCUGUCUUCGGAUCAACCAAACAGGGACGAGCUGGACUUUGAAUUCCUAGGGAAUGUGAGCGGGCAGCCAUAUAUCCUUCAAACUAAUAUUUAUGCCGAUGGACAUGACGAUCGUGAAGAAAGGAUUUAUCUGUGGUUUGACCCCACUCAGGAUUUCCAUACCUAUUCCAUCCUCUGGAACCUUUACCAAAUUGUGUUCAUGGUGGAUAGCGUCCCCAUCCGAGUGUACAAAAACCAUGCAGACAAGGGAGUGCCAUUUCCCAGACGGCAGCCAGUGAGCAUAAAGGCCAGCCUAUGGGAUGGUAACAGCUGGGCGACACGUGGUGGAAAGGACAAGAUUGAUUGGUCUAAGGGCCCCUUCGUUGCUUCGUUCAGGAACUACAAAAUUGAUGCCUGUGUGUGGAAGGGAAACCCUAGGUUUUGCAGAGCUGCUACCCCUUCCAAUUGGUGGCACAAAGCGAGGUUCCGCACCCUUAAAUGGCCGCAGAGGAAGCUGCUGAAGUGGGUUAGGAAGUACCACCUCAUCUAUGACUACUGCCAUGAUAAAUUGAGAUUCCAAAACAAGCUUCCAAGGGAGUGCUCUUUACCCAAGUAUUGAUGAAGAUAAAAAUUCUUUCAAUAUUUUUUUUAUUUUUUAUAAUUUUGUUCCAAUGAUUUUCUAAUUGUUUUGCAUCGUGUUUGUAAUUUAUGAUGAUCAUACUUGACCUUUCUUUUAAAAUAAAAUUGAAUGUUAAUUAUGAUAUUAAAUUAUAUAUACCCUUGUAGACAUUAAAUAGUGCACAUACGUUAUUAUAUUGAUUGCUAGUUUUGGAAGAGUUUUUGUGUACUCUCUCUUUUAUUUUAUCUUGUAACAACGGUAUUCUUCCAUCAAAAGUGAAGGUAUAUUAAUAAAUAAAUGAAGGUGCCGUCAAAAAAAAAAAAAAAAUGGUGCACAUGCA